AUGGCAAAAAAGAAAUUGAAAGAGCAAGAGAUUAUACAACGAACGUUGAAGGAUUAUGAUUGGCGCGUACGACCACGUGGUAGCAAUCUUUCUUGGCCAG